AUGGAAGGGCAAGAUUCUGAUCAGUUCAUGUUGUUGAAUGAUUAUUGUGAAGAAUUAAGGAGAAGCAAUCCUGGGUCCACUGUGAAGAUGAAACUUGAUGGUGAGUUUAGUGUUAAUGGCAAACCUAGGUUUCUUAGGUUGUAUAUUUGCUUUGCUGCUUGCAAAGAAGGGUUUCUGAGAGGGUGCAGACCAUUAUUUGGGUUGGAUGGCUGUCAUUUGAAGGGUUGUCAAAAGGGUGGUCAACUAUUAAGUGCUGUUGGUGUUGAUGGAGACAACUGUAUGUUUCCUAUAGCAUUUGCCACUGUGGAGGGAGAAUUGAAGGAAAGUUGGAUAUGGUUUUUACAACAGCUAGACAGUGAUUUAAACAUAGCAAACAACCCUCAUGCAUGGACAAUAAUUUCAGAUAAACAAAAGGGGCCUGCUGUUGAACAACAAUUUCCUGGAGUUGAACACAGAUUCUGUAUAAGGCAUAUGCAUGCCAACUUUCUCAAAGAUGGAUUUACUGGAAAUGUUCUGAAGCAGAUGUUGUGGGGUGUUUGUAAAGCAACAACAGAGGUAGAAUUUAAGAUGAAAAUGGAGGAAUUAAAGCUGGAAAAUGAAAAAGCAGCUGAGUGGUUGGCAGCCAGAGAUCCUAAACACUACUGUAGGGCCUUUUUUAGCACCUUUCCAAAGUCAGAUAUGUUAUUGAAUAACUUGUGUGAGUCAUGGAAUAGUACUAUACUGAGUUUCAGGGACAAGCCUCUCAUGACUAUGUGUGAAAAGAUUAGGCUAUACCUCAUGGGUAGAAUGCAAAAGAAUAGAGACAAAAUGAAGACAUAUCCACAUAAGAUUUGUCCCAAAAUAUCUAAGUGUCUUGAAAAGGCUAAGGAAAAGUCAGCUAGGUAUAGUACUUACAAGUCUACUGAUAAUUUAUACCAAGUUGAUGAUCAUAACUUCAAGGCAUUCAAGGUGGAUUUAGCCCAGAGACAGUGUAGUUGUAGAGGUUGGGAUCUGACUGGCAUUCCUUGCAGUCAUGCUGUAGCUGCUAUUAGGAAACAGAGAGAAAGCCUUGAAGAUUAUGUGCAUCAAUGCUAUACAGUAGACAGUUAUCGAAGAGCUUAUGAACCUGCAAUCCUUCCCAUUCAGUCUUCAGAAUUAUGGCAUAAGGUUGAUCUUCCAGCACCACUACCUUCCAAGUAUAAGGCACAACUUGGUAGGUCUAAGAAAAAGAGAAAGAUAGAUCCACUUCAAGAGAGCAAGCAACAAAAAAGGCCAGUUAGAACAAAGAAAGUAGGGGAGGUGAAGAGGUGCAGGGUAUGUGGAAUGACAGGUCAUAAUAAGACCACUUGCAAGGGUAAAAAUCCACAGGUUGAAGGGCAAGCUGAGGUUGAAGGGCAAUUUGAGGUUGAAGGGCAAUUUGAUGUUGAAGGGCAAGCUGAUGAAGAAGGGCACUCUGAUGUUGAAGGGCAAGUUGAUGUUCAAGGGCAGUUUGAAGAUGUACCAGUUGAAACACAAGUACCUGCAUUUGUACUUGAUGAACUGGGUUCUCAAGAGAUAGUGGGAUCUCAUUCAUCACAAACACUGCAUAACCAAGCUGUACAUCAGUUAUCAUUAAUUGCUUCACACACAACCAGUUCAAGUGCAAAUGCUGCUGAUGACAUGCUGAGAAUUGGCCAGAGAAUCAUAACUAAUGUUGUUCUUCAAAGAUUGGCCAGGCCUACAAAAAUGAUUCUGAUAAAAAAGAAACAAUGA